AUGACGGCGUGCCAGCGCGUGUACGGCAUGAAGCCAGCAGUGUCCGGGAUUAUCGGCACCACAAUGGAGAGGUCGUGGGCGUAUAAGACAUCCUACGCGUUCCUCGCGACGGGCCUCCCCUCCGCGCCGAGCAGCCAGGCGGUAGUCGCGGGCUUCCCGUGCGACCUGCUCUCGCCGCCCACGACGGUGCUCGACCUGCCCGGCACGUGGCAGCAGAUGCCGUACAAGCGCGGCGUCGCGUGGCAGCUCACGGGUAACGUGGCGAGCAGCGCGAUCGUAACGGCGUUUCAGAACCAAAAGAGCCGAGCGAAACGGUCGAGAGUGAAGAUAUACGCGAUGGUGAAUGUGAACGGCACGGUGCUGUACGGUGAAAUGGACGGGUAG